GGGUCCCGGCCCCGGCGGCCCGCGGGCGGAGCGGGGAGAUGGUGUCCAGAGCCGCCGAUCGGCUGCUGAUCGUCGUCUCUGUGCUGGAAGGGCGCUGUUUUCCAAAACGACCCAAGCACAGUCUUAUAGUUGAAGCAAAGUUUGAUGGUGAACAGUUGGCUACUGAUCCCAUAGAGCAUACUGAUCAGCCAGAAUUUGCUACAGAAUUGGCUUGGGAACUGGAUAGGAAAGCACUUCAUCAGCACAGGCUGCAGCGUACACCUAUCAAACUCCAGUGUUUUGCAUUGGAUCCCGUGUCUUCAGCUAAAGAGAAUAUAGGCUAUAUUGUUCUUGAUUUGAGAGCUGCACAGGAAAAGAAACAGGCACCCAAAUGGUAUCCUUUGCUUAGUAACAAGUACCCUAAAUUUAAACCUGAAAUACAAAUAGGUGUUGUGUUGGAGACUGAUUCAAAAGCACUGGUUGAUGAUUUUAAAGCCAAGGAGGCACCCCCUAGAGAAGGAAAGGUAGUUACUCUUUUUCCUGGGUUAGACCCUAAAAGCGUUAUACCAGUCUUGAAUGAAGAAGAGGGCUAUCAUCAAAUUGGACCAGCAGAGUAUUGCAGAGACUACUUUGUCUUGUCUGUAACCAUUGCAUUUGCCACACAGUUGGAACAGUUAGUUCCUAGUACUAUGAAGCUUCCUGAACGACAACCUGAGUUUUUUUUCUACUAUUCGUUACUGGGAAAUGAUGUCACAAAUGAACCUUUCACUGAUUUAAUUAAUCCAAACUUUGAGCCAGAAAGAGCUUCCGUUCGAAUACGUAGUACAGUUGAUGCCCUUCAGGUUUAUCUUUGUACACAGUCAAAAUUGCAGAUCCAUCUUUGCUGUGGGGACCACUCUCUUGGAAGCACUGAAAUACCCUUAUCUGGACUACUGAAGAAAGGAAAUGUGGAGAUUGAUCAACACCCUGUGGCAAUAGAAGGAUCAUUUGUCCUUGUUCCACCAAAUAGAGCUAAACAGAAGCUACCACAAUUGCCUUUGGAUCUGGCUCCUACUCUUGGGGUAUCUGUAGUUCUUCAAAGGGAGAACAUGACUCCCCAGCUUUUGAUUCCCUUAAAUGCUCCAACUGAAUCUAAACAGCCACAGGAGAAAGUUCUUUCACCUGUUAGUGGAAAAACAGAGAGCCUGCAGCAGAGAUCCCAGAAGGUCCCAUCUCAAGCUGAUCAAUGUUCUUCAAAAGAAGAUGUGGCAACAGAAAGUGAAGUGGAAAGUCUUAAGUUUGAAAAAGGCACAAACCCAAGGAAAACAGAGCUGGUGUCUGGCUGCUGCCAAGAGGUUAACAAGCAGUUCACUGAAGAGCUUCCAGGUUUCAAAUUGCAGAGCAGAGCAAAGUCACCUCUAUUAGAUCUGCAAAAUCCCACUGAUAAUGGUCCAGUAGCAGCAUCUCAGCCCAACCCUGUGGGUGUGUCCAGUUCUUCUGAACCUGUGUCUGCACAGAAAAUUGUUAUUCCAGCAUCCUCUCAUCAUUUUUGCUUUUCAAUAGACCUGAGAAGUAUACGUGGUCUGGAAGUUGGUUUUCCAAUAAAUUGCAUUCUAAGGUACUCGUAUCCAUUUUUUGGCAGUGCAGCACCUAUUAUGACAAGCCCACCUGUAGAAAUCAGAAAGAACAUGGAAGUCUUUCUUCCAAAGUCAUAUUGUGCAUUUGACUUUGCAACUAUACCUCAUCAGCUUCAAGAUACAUUCUUCAGAUUGCCUCUGCUGGUUGAAUUGUGGCACAAGGAUAAAACAGCCAAAGAUUUACUUCUAGGGGUGGCAAGACUUCAGCUUUCAAACGUGUUGACUUCGGAAAAAACACGCUUCUUGGGUGGGAAUGGUGAACAAUGCUGGCGUCAGACUUGUAAUGAAACAGUCAGUGUCACAGCAGCACAUGGGUCAGGCAACAGAAUAGCAGAGCUUUCAUAUGCCACCACUUUGGAAGACUACGGGCUUGUGAAGGUGCAAGAAGUUAUGGUGUCAGAUUCUUCUCAAGGUGUAGUUGCUGGGCAACAACAGCAUAUUCCUCACACUCAGCCUCACUGUACUCCAGAAGACCAUCCAGAACCUCGAGAAACUCUUGAAUACAAAGCAGCACUGGAGUUAGAAAUGUGGAAGGAAAUGCAAGAGGACCUUUUUGAAAAUCAGCUUAAAAAGAAGGAAAUGGUCCAUAUGCAAGCACUUGCAGAAGAAUGGAAGAAAAGAGAUAGAGAGAGAGAGGCACUAGUGAAGAAAAAGGUAGCGGAGUAUAAUGCUUUUGAAGAAAAACUUCAGAAAACCCUGAGAGAUCUAGAUAAGCGAGAACGACAGCUUUUUAGUGCUGAAUCAGAGCUUUAUGAAGCAGAAAAUAAGCAUAAAAUUUUGGAGAAGGAGUUUCAGCAAUACAAAGAACAGCAAAGUAGCAAACCAGAAAUCCAGCUACAAUCGGAAAUAAAUCUUCUCACUUUAGAAAAGGUUGAACUUGAAAGAAAGUUAGAGUCAGCUACCAAGUCAAAGCUCCACUACAAACAGCAAUGGACAAGGGCUUUGAAAGAACUUGCAAGGUUAAAACAGCGUGAACAAGAAAAUGCAAUGGCUCAUCUUAAAAAGCAGCAGCAAGAGCUGGAGCACAUGAGGCUGCGCUAUUUGGCAGCGGAAGAAAAAGAGCUGGGGAAAACAGACCGACAGGAGCUGGAGGAUAUCAGAAAUGAACUUAACAGGCUAAAGCAACAAGAAGAAGAGAGAAAGCAAUUGCAAGAUGCUAAAGAUAAUUCUGCUGGUAGAGUGGAUGGUCUUCAUUGUAGAAAACUAAAUGAGAACACGGAUGAUUACCUCUCUCGUCUGAUAGAAGAGAGGGAUACCCUGUUGAGAACAGGAGUCUAUAACCAUGAAGAUCAUAUUGUAAGUGAACUUGAUCGUCAAAUCAGAGAAGCUAUUUCAAAAAGGAACAUCACUAUUUAAAAGCAGACAAGAAGCUGUUAAAAAGAGCCAAAAUCUGAAUAGAGCGAUUUCUCUAAACCUACACGACUUUGCAAAAUAUGUGAUGUCAUGCUUUGUUUUGCACACUGUAGCCAGCUCUCUUUGAAGUCAGUGUAAAUAUUUGCAACAUGUCAAGUUAAGCACAGUUGUAAGUUUUACGGUGGCAAUGACUGGUUUAUAAUGUUUUUUACUCAUAUGUAUGUAUAUAUAUGUGUGUGUGUAAAUAUAUUUAUCUUGUGUACUUUCUUCUGAAAUGUUUACUACCUCUUUUUGCAUAACCCUGACUAGGUUUAUUUGUAAUAUUUUUAAUAUUCAUUCCAAGAGGUUUUUGGUCAAUGUUGUCGUUAUUUCUUUCAAUUUUUAAAAAUAUCUCUUCAGCUGUACUAGGGAAAAGUGACAUCAGCUGCUUUUCCUAACAAAGCUCUUAAUUCUGAAUUGAAUUGCAGCAUUGACCAAAUGUAACUUUUUUUUACUAAAUGACAAGGUAAUCAAUUUUGGAUUCUCUAACUGUAGUUAGCACAGCUAAGUUCUGUAGUAAAGAAGAGACAAGAUUUUGAGUGUGUAUGUGUGAGGGGGAAUCAAACCUUAUGGAACUGAAGCUGAACCAGUUAUUAACUAGCCUGAUUGUACAGGCAAAAUCCCUUGGUUGCCCUGGGAUUUUUGCACAUCGACCAGUAAGGGUGAAUCCAGGGUGAACCCAGGAGAGUAAAGACCGUAUUCAGAAGUGUAUAUGCAUUCUUACAUUGAUCCCUAAUGAUGAAAAUUAAUUGAAGCAACAAUUCAGUGAAUUUAUACGCUUCAAAUCCUGAACACAAACAUAAAAAGCUCUUGGUUUAAGUAAAGCUGUUUUUUUCAAUCAAGAUGUAACCACUUUGAAGUUACUUAACAUGUAUUUCAAAGCAUGUUAUCUCAUUACCACUUAAAUUGCAAAUAAAACUGUUUGAUUGUGGAAGUAUGAACAGGGUGCAGAACAGAAAUCCACGAUUAAUGUUAGUUUGCGCAUAAUCACAAUUGAAAAAGUUUUGGUUUCCGGCCUUCAUUCUAUUUCUGUCAUAUUUGUGGGGAUCUACCUGACAUUAGCUUACAACGCUGUCCUUUCAGUAGGCAUUUUUGUCUGUCCUGUACUCACAAGUGUUUCCAUUUGAAUGUCAAGUACAAAAAUUGUCUUAGGAUUUGUAACUUUUCAAGUGAACAAAGAUACCAAUGAAAAAAUUAUUGGUUUGGGUUUUUUACAUAAAAUCAGUGAAGUUUCAUAGACAUGGUUGAAUACAUUUGACCUUCCUGUUUUGUAUUAAUUAUAAAUUGUAUUAAUUUGUAUUAAUUAUAAAAGUUAUAAUUAAUACAAAAUAUACAAAUUAAUUUUGUAUUAAUUAUAAAAUGGGGGGAGGGGUGUAUCUUAUCUGGCUUUACCUCUAAAUGCAUUGGUUUUCCUCUUCUUUACCAUGGAUGUAUCUCCUGUUUAAAUAAACUAUUAAUUUAGACUCUUUAGAAAAGUUAAAAACAAGCUGUAAAAAAACAUGGAGAUCAUAUUAACUGAGGAAUACUUGAAUACUUAUCAAUACCAGACUUUGUAAGAAAUGCUUUUGUAAUACUUUGCACACUUUACUGUAUUUUUCCAAGUAGUGUACUUAAAGAGAUCCCUCUCCACUAGCAAAGAAAAUAUCACCUCCUUAAAUCCCAUAGAGAUCCACGAAAUACAAUUUUACAAUAUUUUUUUCAUCAUGGCUGUGUCAUAUCACUGAUGCAUGAUUAUAUAUAAUUACUGUAAAUGACCCAGGAAGCUUCUAUCUUGACAGAAAAACUUGUUUGUGCUGUUUUUCUUCAAAUACUUGUGCACUUGUGUAGUUUCUUUUCCAAACACUGGAGGGUGCCUGAGACUUAAAUAUUACAAAGACAGUGUUGACUAAAUUUCAUAGCUGGUCAUUUUUUUUGGACUGGUGUUCUAUGACUUUUCAGGUGUAUUAUUUUAUUAAAUAAAAUUUGAUUUUUAAGUAUA